AUGGACAUGCGGGCGGCCUGCGGCGGCGGAGCAGGAAAUGCGCAGGCCCGGCGGCCGUGCCGGUACAGGGGCGUGAGGCGGCGGCAGUGGGGGAAGUGGGUGUCGGAGAUCAGGGUGCCCGGGACGAGGGAGCGGCUGUGGCUCGGCUCCUACGCCACCGCCGAGGCGGCCGCCGUCGCGCACGACGCCGCCGUCUGCCUCCUCCGCCGCGGCGCCGCCGGCGGCCUCAACUUCCCGGGCCGCGCGGCCGCCUACGGCCACGUCCUCCGUCUGGCGCCGCGGGGCGCCGCUCAGCAGCUGUCGCCGCGCUCGGUGCAGCGCGUGGCGUCCGACGCCGGCAUGUCAGCCGACGCGCAGCUGGUCGAGCUGCGCGAGCGCGUCCCCGCGCCGCCGGGCCAGGAGGUGGUGGUCUCCGCCGGCAUUGGCGCCGCUCAAGGUGGUGCAGUUGCAGAGGAGCGAGCGGCAUAUGCGGGUUGGAGGAGCUGGAGCAGCAGUAGCAGCAGCACCGGUAGCGAGCAGCUAGUCUACGGGGAGCUGAGCGUAGACGACAUGGAGAUAGUGACGUUGCAGUCAUUGUAG